AUGUCUUCAUCAGUGUUUUUCAAGUUCAAAUCCCAGAAGGAACCGACUCGGGUGGAGUUUGACGGAACGGGCAUCUCUGUCUUUGAGCUCAAGCGCGAAAUCAUUACCAAGAGUGGCCUGGGCGACGGCACCGACUUCGACCUUCACAUAUACACCGACGACAACAGUCAAGAAUAUGACGAUGACACAACAAUUGUGCCGAGAUCUACGACGGUAAUCGCCCGGCGACAGCCAGCAGCCAAGCCUGGAGCUGGGCGUGCCGCUCGAUAUGUCUCGGGAAAGGCCCCGGUAUCGGCCAAGAACGCUGGCCGCAAAGAACAGGCUGCCAAGGCCUCGGCGGCGAAGCCCAGCACGAGCGCCAUCAGCCAGAUGAACGCGGCCAUGACCGAGGAGGAGAAGAUGGCGGCCAUGUUCGCCGCUCAGAGCGAGCAGUGGUCUGCCCAGCAGGAGGAGAUGUCCCACCAAGCGCCCGUCUUCAAACCCGGAGCCAAGAGGCCAGCAAACGUCCCUGACCAUGACCCCCCAAACGGCUACAUCUGUUACCGUUGUGGCAACAAGGGUCACUGGAUCCAGCUGUGCCCGACCAACGACGACCCGGACUUUGACAACCGACCCCGAGUCAAGCGGACUACAGGCAUCCCGCGCUCGUUCCUGCAAAAAGUCGACAAGUCCGUCGUCUUGGCUCAGUCCGAGGGCGACGAGUCAAAGCGGCCCUCUGGCAUCAUGGUCAACGCCGAGGGCGACUUUGUCAUAGCUGAGCCAGACAAGGCGUCGUGGGAACAGUUCCAGGCAAAGACCAAGUCUUCAACGGCCAACAAGGAGGCCCAAGCCGAAAACAAGGAGGUGCAGGAGCGCGGGCUCGAGUGCUCGAUUGACAAAAAGAUGUUCAUAGAGCCAAUGAAGACGCCGUGCUGCAAGAAGACGUUUUGCAACGAUUGCAUCACAAACGCGCUCAUCGAAAGCGACUUUGUCUGCCCGGCUUGCCAGACAGAGGGCGUACUGAUCGAUGACUUGACGCCCGAUGAGGAGACGGCGAAGAAGAUUCAGGAUUACCUGAAGGAGAAGGAAACGGCCAAGUCACCGCAGCCGGGUUCUCCAAGGCCGGAUGCCGACCUCGAGGAAAAGCCAGAGGAAAAGGCGGAUGACAAGGCGGAGGACAAGACCGAGGACAAGACCGAGGAUCGGACGGAGAAGGCAGAGAGGAAGGAAGAAACAGAUACCAAGGAAAACUCCAAGUCACCCACGCCAAACGCCGCCACACCGGCUUCGCCACCCAAAGGGCCUAAAGCGCUCACUCAAACCAACGACCAGAAGGAUCCUCACCGCGAAAGCAGCGUCAACCCGAAGAAGCGACCCGCCGACGACUUCCUGGAGAACCCCAAGAUUCCCAAGGGCCCCAAGGCCAUGCAGAACCAGCAAAACAUGAUGCCCAACGCCAUGAACGGCAUGCCAAACAUGGGCAUGAACAACAUGAUGUUCAACGGCAUGGGCAUGAUGCCUAACAUGAUGGGGAUGCCCAACAUGAACAUGAACAUGGGCAUGGGUAUGCCAAUGAUGGGAAUGCCGAUGAUGGGCAUGGGAAUGAACGACUUUGGCAUGAACGGCGGUUUUGGAGGCAUGGGUGGCAACAUGGGCUUCAACGGCAUGCAGGGAAUGAACGGCAUGAACAUGAACAACAUGGGCAUGCAGCAGGGCCCCAACAUGGGCGGUAUGGGCGGCAUGGGCAGCAUGGGUCCCAUGAAUGGGUUCCAGAACGGCGGCAGCUUCUCGCAGCAAAACGCUGGUGAGGGCGAGGAGGAGGACGCCUACUUCCGCAAGCCGGUCAACCCACACCGGCACCAGAACAAGCAGCGGCGCGUGCGCCCGAGCGACUACCGCGAACUAUGA